AUAUGCAUAUAUAAUUAAUGAAGGAGAAAGGGAAGACCAGUGAGUCAAUAUAUGAUCGAGCAAUCAGAAUCUACGUCAUUUUGAUUUAUUCUUGGCACAGUGUCGUUUCGUCGGCCAAUUUGUAAAUUUCCAAAGGGAAUUAAGUAUAGAUAAUUCAAAAAAUGGGGGCGUUAACGGGACAUUGGAUCGGCGAUGGUCUCGUGCUGAUGUUUUCAAUAGCCGCUGUCUUUUACCUUUACAUGACGAGGAAAUUUAAUUAUUGGAAAAAACGCGGAGUUCUGGAAUUCAAGCCGGUUCCGUUCCUCGGUAAUUUCGGGGAGUGCCUCUUCUUCCGUAAAUCGGCCUUGGACUUUAUCAAGGAUUACUACAAUAAUUCCAAAGGACUUAAAUACAUGGGUUUCUACAUACUGGACCAGCCUUUUCUGAUGCUGCGCGAUCCUGAGCUAAUCAAGCACAUUCUGAUCAAGGACUUCAACUACUUUCACGACAGAUACACAAGCACUGGGAAAAAAGACAUCCUGGGUAAUGCGAAUUUAUUUACCAUCAAGAAUCCAGCCUGGAGAUUCCUUAGGGGUAAGCUCACGCCGUUCUUCACAUCUGGCAAGAUGAAAAAAAUGUUUGAGCUUAUGCUCGCCGUCAACAAGGAUCUUGACACUUAUUUGGAAUCUCUUGAUAUUGACAGCAAAGGUCGUGAAAUGGAGAUGAAGGAACUAUGUGCAAUGUACACUACUGACCUUAUUGGAGUAACGGCUUAUGGGCUCAGAGUAAAUUCCCUGAAUAAUCCAGACGCCGAAUUUCGAGCUUGUGGACGUCAAAUAUUUAACUUUAAUUGGAGACGCGGUAUGGAGUUGGCCUGCACCUUUUUUGCGCCGAAAAUUGUCGAUCUAUUUGGAUUUAAGUUCUUUAGUAAGGAGAGCACCGAGUUUCUUCGAAGAGCAUUCUGGGAUACGAUCGACGAGCGAGUCAAGUCUGGCGUCAAAAGGAAUGACCUUAUCGACCUUCUUAUUGACCUCAGGGAGCAGACAAAAAAUGGCGAGAACAAGGAAUUCAGAUUUGACGGUGACAAUUUGGUCGCUCAGGCAGCAAUUUUCUUUACCGGCGGAUUCGAAACUUCUUCGUCGGCAAUGUCGUUCUCGCUUUACGAACUUGCACUGCAGCCUGAAAUACAGAGGAAGCUACGAGUUGAAAUUCUGGAAGCCUUGGAAGAUAAAAAUGGCGAACUUACUUACGAUAUGGUUGCAAAUCUUCCUUACCUGAAUAUGGUGGUGUCGGAAACUUUAAGGAAAUAUCCGCCGCUGCCGUUUUUGGAUCGUGAAACCAACAUGGAUUACAAAUUGCCUGGAACUGACUUGAUCGUGGAGAAAGGAACACCCGUUUAUAUACCCCUUCAAGGCCUUCAUUACGAUCCACAAUAUUUUCCAGACCCAGAGAAAUUUGAUCCCGAACGAUUUUCCGAAGAGAACAAGAAAAAUAUACCUCCUUGUGUUUAUAUGCCUUUUGGGGAGGGUCCUCAUAUUUGCAUUGGUCUUCGAUUUGGACUUUUGCAAACGAAAUUGGGUCUUAUAAAGAUACUUUCCAAAUACGAGAUAUCAGCCUGUGACAAAACUAACGUUCCGAUAGUAUUUAAUAAGAAAGCGUUGGUCAUUGCUGCUGAAGGUGGGAUAACCUUGAAAAUUAAGAAAUUAAUGAAGGUACCUGGUUAAAGACGAAGUUAUAAUGAUUUCAAAUAUUUCCUUUAUCUUUCUCAUUUAUUGAUUCUACGGUUAGAGAACACGUGUCAAGACGUGAUUACGUUAAUAUAAUACAGUAAGUAUGUACUUACGUCAGGAUUACUUGAAAAUAUAGAUUCAAUCGUAUAAUAAAUAAUAAUUAGCUAUUAAAAAAAAUCUUUCAUUUAUAACUAAUGAAAUGAGACUGAAGUAAUUUCAAUUUCUGUGUCUUCAAUUGUGAAUGAUGCUUAAAUCGAUGAACCAGCUGAUCAUGACUUGAGCAGAUUUUCUGUAUUACAUUCAUUUUCUGUUUUGUUCAGCGACAAGUGGAGACGUAAGGAAAAACUAUAAAGUUGCAACGUUAACCUGUCAUAUUGCAAAUGAUGCAUAUCAAAGCCAUCAAUGAAUAUUAAAUGAUUUCUCAGUUAAAUAUUCUUCAUUAAGGAAAAUUUUACUUAUCAGAUUAAAAAAUGAAUAUUAAUUGACAAUUUAUCUUGCAAAAUAUAAUCUCGAAAAAUUCCGAGAUAAUAAAUUCCACAAAUAUCUCAAGUAAUCCUUCCACGCCAGAUGCAAUAUGUACUCGAGUUUUCAUUAAAUAAAAUUGCAUAAAAACAUUACCAUGAUGACAAUGCAAAUUCGAAAACGAAA